UAGGCUAGGGAAUGCGUUGUGUUGACCCUCCUACUGGACCGCUCUGUUUUGGGUUGUUCCUGUAGUUGUCUAUGAUUCUCUUAAAGGGGCCGCUUGGCUUCCAGAGCUGCGGGAUCCCGAGAUGUUACUUACGGUGAAGGCGCUCCAGGGCCGGGAAUGCAGCCUCCAGGUCUCUCCUGAUGAGCGCAUCUCCUCUCUCAAGCGUCUUGUUUCGGAAAAGCUGAAUGUCCCAAUCUCUCAACAGCGCUUGCUUUUCAAAGGCAAAGCUCUGGCAGAUGAACAUCGUUUGUCUGAUUACUCUAUUGGACCAGAGUCAAAGCUCAACCUUGUGAUCAAGCCUUUGGAGAAGGCAUCACCUGAGGAUCCUAGCAGCAGAGCCGGCCUCCCACAAAGCCCAACCAUUUGGCACGUGCUGGCCCAAGUCCUGAGCAGGCAUUACACCGUGGCUGAUACUGAGAAAGUGCUGGAGCAGGUACAGAAGGAUUAUGAGCGAAGCCUUCGGUUGCUGAGCCUAGAUGACAUAGAGCGUUUAGCCACCCGCUUGCUUCAUCCUGAAGUAGCGGAGGCUGUGGAAAUGGGGUUUUUGGAUUAGCUGCUGAACUGGAGAAUUGAGCCCUAUUCAUCACUUUGGACAGUAAACCCCUGGGCAGGGCCCAGUUUGGGGCCUAAUGCGAGUGAUUUCUCUGGACUGCUGUUAACGGGUCAUGGAGCAUAUGUAACUUCUCCCCAUCAAUUAAAAGUGGUGAUAGGUGAGAUUAAUCUGUUCUGUCUAGUAUGUUCAACAGAAGUGGGAGAAUGGCAUUCUUCAGAGAAAUUGUUUGCCUUUUCUUGAGAGACGCAGUUACCUUUACAGUUGAGAAUGGCUUCGUUUAUAUUUGAAUUUCUUGUUUAACCCCCAAAGCCUGGUUGCAUCUAAUAGACUCCUUUUUAUUGUUUUGCUCAAGGGCUUUUCUGACAAUAAAGUUCACUGAAGCUUACAGGCAGAAAAUCAAAUAUGAAUAAUACAAAUUUGAAUUACGACUUUUCAAAACGGGCAUUGCUACUCUCCAGAAUGACUAUGUAAUUUUUGACAGUGUAAGAGCUCAUUCUGUUUAAUUAGCAUUAUUAGAUAAGAAAAACAUUUGUCAGAUAUUUUAGAUUGUUAAAUGUUUCAAGAAACAAGACAACUGAAUGUUAAUCAGGUGGCUAAGCAGUGUUUACUGGCAGAGUUCUGCAUAUAUUCUGUAUGUCUAAUUUUCUUAGGUCGAUCAAUUAAGCCCUUGUAGCAGUGUAUUCAGCUGCAAUCCAGAGCACACCUAAAUUUGCUAGUUCAUUGCCCAAAGCACCCUUCCCCAAUUUAAGUGCAAUCCAGAUGUGUAAGGGUUUUUUCAACUUCCAGGAUUUUCAGUCACCAUCUGGACAGCACCUAAUUUGGGAAGGCUGGGUUCAGGGAGUCUUAGAAUAAGGCAGCAGAUGUCACCAGAAAAACAGAUCUCCCAUCUUGGCUAAAAGCAAGCCCCCCCCGCCCCCCACUUUUAACCCGGUAGUAUUUUUUUAUUGCAGAUCCUGAAAAUGGGGUAGAAUUACAAGUUGAUCAUGAGCCACACAGAGAAGGAUUAUGUCUAUGACCCCUUAUUUUUAUGGAUGUAUCCGUAUUCCUAAAUUAUAUAAGAACAGGAUUUGGUUAAAUAAUUAUUGACUCCAGUGAAAGAAGAAGAAAAAAAAAGAUCUCCUACUAAAUUUCUUUUGUGUUGUUUUGUUAUCCUUAUGGAGAUGGUUUAAGUGAAGCAGGCAGAAGUGUGGUAUAUCCUGCCUUCCAUGAAAAUGUGACUAUGAUUGCUCUAUAAAUCAUUGAUAAAUCAACCUCACUUUUAGAAUUAUGUUUUAGUAAUCUCUCCGUGCCAUGCUUGAUUUUACACGUCUCAAUGGGGUUCCUCUAAUGUACCUAUUAAAUUUUUUUUUUCAAACAUGGUUAUCAGAAUUGUCUGGAAUAUUACAGAUGUGUAUGCAAAGGUAUUAAAGUUUUGGCAGUUUUA